GCGAGUUACAUGUCCCACUAGAGGUCUGCGGGGCUGUGGUCAAGCGGGAGCUCGAUUUCUGGCAGAUCGAGGAGCUGCAGAUUAAGGCUUGCUGCUGGCGUCACUACAGAUCUUACAUUGAGAACCAACGAAUCUUGAAUUCCUUCAACAAAAGUCUGGAGCAUGAGCAGAGAAAGAUUGACCUCAGUAACCUCAAGGGAUGGAGACUUCUACAGAUGAAGCUCUGGUUGAUUAUGGACCACCCGAGAACUUCUAAGUUGGCAAUGCUGUACGGCAUCGCCUCUUUCCUUUUCGUGGCAGCAUCUAUCGCCGGAUUUUGCCUGGAGACGUUGCCAGAACUCAGACCAAAAAUCUCCCAGAACCGAACUCUGGCAUCUUGUAACGGCGACACCAAACAGUUACAUGUGGUCAUGGCUUCCAACGAAGCCUUAAACGCUCUGGACUUCAUAUGUACAGUAUUCUUCACCUUGGAGCUCGUCAUGAGGUUUCUAGUUUCUCCAUGGAAACUGAAAUUCGUCAGGAAUCCUAUGAACAUCAUAGACUUGCUAGCGCUGGUCCCUCUCUACGUGCAGGUGAUCUUUGAACAAUCCGACCUGCAGUCUUGUUAUAUGAAUGAACGCUUUGUUAUAGAGAUUAUGUUCAUUUUAAGGAUUUUCCGCAUGUUCCGUAUCUUCCAUCUGGUCAAACAUUACCAAGCUCUGAAAGUUCUCGUCUACGCUCUAAGGGCAAGUCUUCAGGAACUCAUGAUGUUGUUCAUCUUCCUGCUCAUCGCAAUGCUCAUUUUCGCUACAAUGAUCUACUACGCUGAACGCACAGCCAGUGAAGAAGCCGGGACAAAGUUCACCACUAUCCCUAUUGGAUUCUGGUGGGCCAUUAUCACCAUGACAACCGUGGGGUAUGGAGACGUGGCGCCCUCUACCCCAAUAGGCUAUAUCGUGGGGACGGCUUGCGCUGUGUGCGGUGUCCUGCUGGUCGCUCUCACAUUCCCAGUCAUCUCCAACAACUUCACCCUUUUUUAUGAACAUGUUCGAUCGAGAUCUCUUGUAAAGUUCGCUAUAUUCACGACUGAAACUGAUCGCCGAAGUACUGAGUGUAAGGUUUAA